ACGAUCGUUCUGACGUAGUCGCGCAGGCGCGUUAAAUUGACGGCACUGCAGUGCCCUUCUAUCGAUUUUCCUGUACUGUUCCAAGUGUUCGAGUUCCUCGGUCUAGUUUUUAGUGCUGUUCGUGUUUUAAACCGACUUGAAUGGGAUUAUUUUAUAAAACACGAGUUUUCAGUGGUGUGUGAUCGAAACAGGGCGAAAAUGACCAAGGAUCGAUUGGCGGCCCUCGUUGCGGCCCAGAGUGACGAUGACGAUGUCGGGCCGGACGAUGUUGCCGUCAACGUCGAAGGACGUGACGGCUUCAUGGAUGCGUUUUUCCAAGAGGUGGAGGAGAUACGAGACAUGAUAGACAAAAUCCAGGCGAAUGUGGAAGAGGUGAAAAAGAAACAUAGCGCCAUUUUGUCGGCUCCCCAAAGCGAUGAGAAAACAAAACAAGAACUUGAAGAUCUCAUGGCCGAAAUCAAGAAAACUGCCAAUAAAGUACGCGGUAAACUGAAGGGGAUAGAACAAAACAUAGAACAAGAAGAACAAACAAACAAAUCGUCCGCCGAUCUGCGGAUACGAAAAACGCAACACUCGACGCUGUCCAGGAAAUUCGUGGAGGUGAUGACGGAGUACAAUCGGACGCAGACCGACUACAGGGAACGGUGUAAAGGCAGGAUACAGCGUCAGCUCGAAAUCACCGGUAGGACGACGACGAACGAGGAACUGGAAGAAAUGCUGGAGCAAGGGAAUCCGGCGGUGUUUACGCAAGGCAUUAUCAUGGAAACGCAACAGGCGAAACAAACGUUGGCGGACAUCGAGGCUAGACACGCGGAUAUCAUCAAGUUAGAAAAUUCGAUCAGAGAAUUGCACGACAUGUUCAUGGACAUGGCGAUGCUGGUCGAAAAUCAGGGCGAAAUGAUCGACCGUAUCGAGUACCACGUCGAGCACGCGGUCGACUAUGUCCAAACGGCGACGCAAGACACCAAAAAGGCAUUAAAAUACCAAAGCAAAGCGCGACGGAAGAAAAUCAUGAUCCUUAUUUGUCUGACCAUUCUGGGAAUUAUUAUCGCUUGCACCAUCGGUGGAUACCUCGGACUGGUGUAAAUUUAUAUGGAGAUAUCAACAAUUUUCGAAAUAAUCAUCAUACUUUUUGGCUUGCAUUUAAAGAAAUUAAAACACACACGUAAAGGAUCGUUUAUUGAAUUAGGAGUUUUCGUUCCAAAUCAAUGGUUCAUAGUGAAAUUGAAAAAAUGUUAAAUAUUACAAGUCGAAGUCGUAGCUUAGUAGCAAUUAUUGUAUAAUAUUUUUUUCUUAAUUAAUUAAGAAUAUCGAGAAACAUUUGCUGUAGCAAUAAAAUAUGUGAAUGUUCAGUUCGAAAAUGUGUGAUAUAUAAAAUAUUAAUUGAACAUGUUACAUUGCCUCCAGAACACGUCAGUCCGAUCUUAAACACUCCCAAAUACAUUUGAGAUGCACAACUUGUUACCAUUAUAUUUUUUGUAGAGAGGCAAUUUAACGUGUUUAGUUUUAGUUUGUUCUCUAGUAAUAUUAUUGCGUAUUAGUGUACAGAUUUACUUAGUUUUCUGUGUGACAGAAAGCGCUUUUUUAUUUAAGCAUUUUGUAAAAUCUGAAAGGUGCCGUUUUUUCUUCGAAAAAAAAAUUGUUUAUAUAUUCACCCUCUUCUUAGGGUCUGUAAUUAUUGAACUAUAUGUGUAAAAUAUUUUGAGGAUAUAAAUCGGUUAUAAAAAUACAAAUAAUUUGACUAAACAUAGCUCGUUAUAGUAGAAUUAUACAUAGAUGAGAAUAGAGGUCGUAGUGACAGAAAGUGUCUCUACUAAAAAAACAUAAAAAAUUAACUAGGAUGGUGCACAAUCAGUAGAUUUUUGAGAGGCCUAAAUCUAAUAUGUUCAAAAUUGGCUGUAUUUUUUAGUGAACCUCGUGUAUAACUUAGAUGAAUGAGAUCUCUCUAUUUUUGUAAGGCAACAACAAACCUUAGCAGAAAUCUUUUAGCGUGUUCUCUGAUAGAACAGACAUUAAUUUCUUCUUAGUACUUUUAGCUGUUUCUACCUCCCUCAUUUCUCAACGCGACCAAUUACGACCAUUUUGCGAACACUAACCCCAAUUACAAAGAAAAAAUACAGCUUGUUUUGCGCAUCUCUUCUCCACAAUCGGUAGAACCGCGUACCGGAAUUGGAAAAUUUUCUUUCUAAUGGGUACUGUCCUGGACUAUAUUUAAAAUGCCACACAUGCACAUUAAUUAAUGCACAGUAACAUAAACCUUUAAAAAAAAACGAUAAUGGGCCUUUGCACUGCUAAUUUUGACCGGGUUCCUGGUUGGAAACACAUUUACCUGUCUUCCGUCACCAAAAUUCACUCGAUGUGUGUCCCGUUGAUUGAUUUAUCCAUUGUCUGUUCGUUUGUCGAUUUUCGUAGGCUUUCAAAGAUCUCUAAAUAUACGAAAAUUUAAAUGGUUAGAUGAAAUCCAUUUUGUUCGGAUGAACCGCGUCCUGAAAUCAUAGGCUGCGACGACGGUUUGUUUUUGUUACGCUGUUAAACUGUGUUUAGGCGGUUUAGCUGAUCGAUGGAUCGGGAAAUUUUGAUUGAUUCAAAAGCAAUAUUAAUUAACAAACGAAUUAAACCAUUUGGAUUGUACAUUGGAACAUGUUCAUUGAAAUUUGCCGGUCCACGUUUUUUCCUUUUUUUGUAAUUGUAGGUAAUCAUUAAGCUCCAGCAUUUUACCAAUUCAAAACUUAAGUGUCAAUUCGAUUGGAGAACUUUUUGAAUAUUGAUAAUGUAAUUAAAAUAAAAAACAAUUUUCGAGCAUCUAUUUCAAUGUUGAUGCAAAAUAAGUGAGAUAUUUAUGUAGGAUGAUACUUUUCAUAUACUUAAGUAGUUUAUCUUUGAAUAUAAUAUGUUGUAGAGUUUAGGCUAUUUGAGAGAAAAAAGUGGUGUUCCCCUCUGAUAAUGUUAAACUGUUUAUUAUUCUGUUCUGUUUUUAAUAAUAUAUAGAGAAUAUCACUGUACAAAUGGCAAUAUUUAUAUAAUUAAUUAAUUCACUCCUCUUUUCGAUGAUUAAAUAACAGCAAAGUUGUAUAUUUGUAACAUACCCCGUUUCUGUUUUAAAUGUUUAUAAUAAACUAUGACAGUUUUAACUGUAGGAAAUAUUAAUAAAAUAAAAUUGUUGAUAUAAGUAAGUAGUUAAUUUUUCAUUAAAACUUACCAUGUAGUGUAUGUCGUAGAUUUAUCUAUUUCUUCCCGGACCAGUGAAUGGUAGGUAUUUCUUCAGCUUCAGAACAUAUCAUUUCCCCUUCAACAAACGACUGUCGUAGAACUUAGUGUUAUGUGUUGCAUGUUGUGUAGAUAAAAAUCUAAAUAAAUGAAACUAGUGCCUAGAAAAUAAAAGCGAUUUUUGUGAAAAACAAAAUUGUUAUUUAGUCAUCGCGAUGAGGAGCCAAAUUGUGAUUAAAUGAACGUGCCCUUCUCAAUCAACAACCGUAUUGAUAGUUGGGUUGUUGCAGUUCUGUUGUUGACGACUAGAUUAAUUAACCCCCUGUACACCGACAUAAUUACAUUUGAAUAAACCACCCAAUUGAACACUGGCGAUUCUGAUUCCAAGGAACCAAGAUGGGGUGCCCUUCCAUCGCCAGUGUCCAACGUACCCCUCACUCGUGUGUUGUGAUCCCCGUUAGACUAGUUGCACUUAUCUAUGUGUCUGCUCCUUGUAAUGUCAUUGAAUGUGCACGGAAAACGCGACGGCACGGCAAUUCGUUAUUUUUUAUUAUUAUAUUUUUUGGAUUGCCGUGCUGCUGCGUUUGAUUCCAUUGGACGGCACCGCAAAUUUUACGAACUAAUCACCUCGUUAUAUUUGUAUAUACACUAGGUAUUUUAUGCUUUCAAUACGUAGACAAUAAUCGUUACAUAUGAAUACAUAAUAAAACUUUCCUAGGAUGUAUAUUAUUAAAAUAAGAUCGUUCAUUUUAAGCGUGUAAACUAAAUGUGUGUUGUACAAAAAAGCAAAAAAAAAAAUUAAAAUAAAAUAAAAAUAAAAUGUUUAACCGAAUCGCGUGUCGUCCAUUGGACUAUGUAAACUAGGAAAAUCAUUUUAAAAUUUACGCAAUACAUUGGAAAAAUUGGAAGUGACAUUAUAAACAUCUUCCACGAGA